AUGAGCGACAACGCCGGUUCUGGCGAUUCCUCUGAACGGCCGGUCCACCCCGAGGACCCCACCACCCACAAUGAGGACGAAGAGUUACACCGUGUCCUGCGAGAAGCCGCUGCCGCAUCGGCGGCUGAGAACGGCACUGCAGGCCAUGGCGAGGACCCGCACGACCAGGAGCUCAGUGCGGCCGACUUGGAUGCGGGCCUGAGCUUAGCGGCUGCUUUAAGCGACUUGCCACCGGGCGACGAUGAACUCGACCAUGCUACCCCACAGUUCGACCCCGAUACGCUUGCCAACCUCGCUGCUCUUAGUCGUAUAGGUCACGACGAUGAGGAUGCCGAUGGUGUCAUGCACGCCGAGGAGGGGCACGUUGCGGACGACGCCGAUCAUGACUACUCGAGUCUCAUGAUUCCGCAGCCGUCGACGCUCACCAGCGAGCAGGUCCAGGAGUUCGUCGACAACCUUGGUACUGCCGAGCGAGAAGAGGAGGAAGAGGAAGACCACUCUCGCGCUGCGACCCCGGUUUCUACUGUCCCGACGGAACCGGUAUCGGUCCGCGAUACUAUCACGGAGGUCCACACACCACGGACCGACAUCAGCAGCGACCCGCGAACAUACUACGAGGAUGGCAAGCUGAAGCGUCGGCGAAACAGGACAGUGCUCAGCUGUACCGAGUGUCAUAGGCGGAAACCCGGUGCAUCAAGCGAGGUGUGCCCACUAACCGUCAGGAUGAAUGAGGACGUUCCUCUGAACUACGAGCUUGGUUUGCGAGUCCAAGCUCUGGAGUCGCUCAUUCGCUCCGGAUCGAACAUGGACCCCGACGCCGCUUCGAACGCCGCCAUGGAGACGAUUAUGCAUGCGACUCGAGCUGCCAACCAGGGACAACCCGAGGCUGUCCACGCGCUUGCGCAGUUGACGAACGCCAGCUCCGGCAUCGGUAUCGGUGGCAUGACGCAGGACGCUCAGAGCAGCCUGCUGUUGGACGUCUUGCAGCAGCUGUCGGCGGCGAGUAUGGGCCGGCCGCCUUCGUUCACGAACGGCAACAGCAGCAGCGGGAACGCGGAGCUCCGUGAUCUGUGGUCGAGCGUGCCGUCCGCGCCGGCCGAGCACUCGGUGCAGAUCCAGACAUCGUACAUCGAAGACAACGCGCCAGUCAAGGUGAACUUGUCCCUGAUGGGUUUCCGCGAGGACAACGGCAAGGUGUUCUUGCCACCGACAGUCAAGUACGCCGAGAAGAAGAUGCGUGAGGAGACUGGCUUCCUGCAGGACUCGCUCCCGAUCGAGGGAUAUGCGCCGUUCCUCGACUCGGCGACCAAGUUUGCGUACGGCGAGGACAGCCCCGUCAUCAAGCACAAGCGCGUCGCGUCGAUUCAGGCCAUGUCUAUUACGGGUGCACUGCGCCUUGCCUCCACGUUCCUCUCCCGCUUCCCGGCGCCGACAGGGCAACGGUCGAUCUACAUCCCGAACCCGACGAGCGACGAGGACAUUGCGGCCUUGAAGGACGGCGGCCUCGACAUCAAGGUGUUCCGGUACCUGGACCAGAAGCACGGCAUGGUGGACUGGGACGGGAUGCGAGACGACUUACAGGCUGCGCCGCCGCGAUCUGCCGUGCUGCUCUUCGUGUCUGGCUCGGUCCCUACGGGCGCCGAGUUCACGGCCCCACAGUGGCGCAUGGUCACCUCGCUGCUGCAGGAGCGGCAGCUGAUUCCCGUCGUCGUGAUGGCGUUCCAGGGCCUGUCAAGCGGGGACGUGAACCGCGACGCGCAACCGCUGCGCUUCAUGGUGCACGAGAACGUGCCCGUCGUGCUCGUGCAGAGCUUCGACGCCAUGAUGGGCCUGUACUCUGACAGUCCCGCCGUCGUGUCCAUCCCCACACCGACGACCGAGGACAGGGACCGCGUCGCGUCGCAGCUCCGCGCAACUGCGCGCGCGAUGUACUUCCACCCGCCAGCCUGGGGCGCGCAGCUGGCGCACACGAUCCUAAGCGACAAGAAGCUGUACCCUGCGUGGCUGAACGAGAUCCGCGCGAUGAGCGACCGCCUGCGCAGCGUACGCGAGAAACUGCACGACGUGCUCGUGAACAAGCUCAAGACGCCGGGCAACUGGGGCUACCUGAAGCGCGCGUCGGGGAUGUACUGCACGCUCCUGAUUCCGCAGGGCCAGACUGAGGCGCUGACGUCAAAGCGGCACAUCCACCUGCUGCCCGACGGGUGUUUCUCGUUAGGAUGUCUGAACGCACAACGUAUUGACAUGUUGGCGCGGUCCGUCGACUGGGUCGUGCGCGAAGGUAUCCGCGAGGCAGAGGACCAGGCGCAGCAGGCCAUCGCGAUGGAGCUGGCGCUGCAGGCCGCCAAGGAGCAGCAGGCGCGCGAGGAGGCCGAGGCUGCCGCGGCUGCCGAGGCCGCUGCCGCCGCCCAGGCCCAGGCAGAGGACACGUUGCUGAUGGAGGCGUCGAUCCAGAGCGCGAUCGAGGCGCAGCGCGUCGCAGAGGAGGAGGAGAGGAGGCAGCAGGAGGAGGCGAGGGAGCUCGAGGAGGAAGUGCGCAAGGCGGCCGAGAGGGCCGAGAUUGCCCGGCAGGCGGAACUCAUCUUGGCCACUAUUUAG